AUGAGUGUCCCGUCAUUCCUGUCAGUGAGCAUGUCAGCCAACAUGUUUCUGAUUGUCCUCUUUGUGCCAGGGGCUCGGACUCAGUGUCAGUACAAACAUUCAGAUCUCUUCAUCUCUACACCUCAGAGGAUGGAGGCUCUGAGUGGAUCUUGUUUGCUGAUCCCGUGUAACUUCAGCGCUAGAUAUAGAGAAGGGGUUGAAAAUCAGUUUGUCAGCACAAGAGAAACAUUUGGACUGUGGUUCAAAGAAAACCAGAUCACAUCCAACCUAAGAAAUGUGGUUUUUAACAGUAGUGGAACAGUUCUCAAAUAUCCAAUCAGCAUAACUGGAGACCUGAAGGAUGAAAACUGCACCACUCUGUUCUCCAACGUAGAUGCAACAUUUAAAGGCAUUUACUACUUCAGGAUCAUGAACUGGCCAUUCAGGGCAACAGCUAUAUGUGACCCUCUGAACAUAACAGUGAGAGAUUCUCCUCCAAGCCCCAGAAUAGAGAUCCCAGCAGGAGACCUGAAGGAGGAGGAGUCUGUCACUAUAACCUGCUCAGCUCUCACUCCCUGUCCACACUCUCCUCCUAAACUCACCUGGAGUCUCCAAAGUGACUCUCUCAACAACAUGGAGGAAAACACAGAUGGAACCUUUACAACUCAAAUCCAGGAGAGCAUCACUCUGUCAGAGCACCUUGAUGGAUACAACAUCACCUGUUCUGCCACAUAUCCUGUGAAUGAAGGCAGAGAUGUGAGGACAGCAGAGGAGACAAAGACUCUCAGUGUUUCAUAUGCUCCUAAACACACCUCAGUGUCCAUCAGUCCAUCAGGUUUGGUGUCAGCAGGUACCCUGGUUAACCUGACCUGCUCCAGCAGAGCCAAGCCUCCUGUCAGCAGGUUCACCUGGUUCAGGAUCAGCAACAACAGACCUGUGAACGUAUCUGAAGGAGAGUCUUACAGCCUUAAUGUGACUGAAGGAGGAGUUUAUUACUGCAUGGCCACAAGUGAUCUUGGUAAUGAGACAUCUUCAAGGAUUCAUUUGAGUACUUCAGGUGAGUUUGGGGUUCUGGUCUACAUUACACUGAAGAUCCUGGGGAUUGUAAUCCUGUCCAGUACAAUCCUCAUCUUUGAGUGUUGGUUUCGGUCAAACUGCUGCAACAAACCAGGAGAGCACAGAGUCAGAGAUGAGGACAGAGUGAUUGAGAUGUAAGCAUCAUGAAGGUGAGGAGGAUGAUGUUAUGUCCACCAUCAGUGGAACAUGUCUCUGUCCCCCGCUCUUCUGAUUCAGCAGAAUGUUUUUCUUCCCAGCAGAUUUAUGAGAAGCUCACAGGACGUGUUUUUAAAAGUAACCCCAAAUAUAAACCUCAGCUUUAUUAUUACAGUGUAUACUACUGUGCUGUUUAAUAUCAUGCUUAUUGUAUCUAUGCACAUGUGAUGUUUUUAAAUGUAAUUAAGACUGAUUUGGAUGUAAAGAUUCAGAAGGUGGAGCAGCAGACUGUUGGAGGGAUUUUUGCUGAGCUGUGUCUUGGUGUGUAGACACAGAUACGUCUGUUGAAUUCACACAAAACACCUUGUUUGAUUCCGAUAGCUCAACCCAUGUCCUGUCACCAAACGCUGAAUCACUGCCACGCUUUGUACUCACAGCACACUUUAUAUACAGGUAUAUGUUUACAGUUCAUUGGACCACUGAGCCUCUGUGUUGACAUUGUAAAUAAAAACACAGACAGGACUCAGACCAACAGAUGAACUGACUGGAUGAAAAUGUUCUGUUGAGAAACUGAAAUAAAUUACACUUUGUUUAAUCUCUUAAA